AUGGCAACGCAGGCAGCACAUGUGCGAAGAAAAGAGGGAGAUAAAGGUGAAAAACUGUCUGAAUCCAAAGAAACCACAGACUCUGUGCCUACAAAACAACAACAACGCACCUCACGAACAAAACCGCCUCAAAACAACUCUCUAAAAGGAAAAGUAAAAAAAAAUGAAGGUUCUUUCCUUAUUGAUAACGAAAAUUUUAACGAGACGGGUGCUCUGUCUAGUGUCAGCGAGAGUGUUUCCGUUGAUUUCAUUUCUCAAGCUUUAAAUAAAGCUGCCGACGAGAUUAGUGUUCAACCCGUAAUUAGUCAAAGUAUUGUCGAUAAUACACUUCCCGCCAUUAAUAGUGGUGGUUUUCUUCCGGUAACUCUUCCAGCCGGUAAUAACGUUGUCGAUAUAACUUCACAUGCCUAUAACCCCAGUUUUAUUAGUACAGUCGACAAUAGUGUAGUUCUGACGACAAAUAUUGGUUCUGCUGAUAGUUCGAAGGGUGUCCUUUCAUAUAGCAAUUUUACAACUUUGAACACACAAGAAGCAGUGUCUCAAUAUAACAACACAGCAAUCCCGCAAGAAAUAACUCGCGUGACUCUGUCUAGUGUUCAUAAAGUAGAAGGAAAUAAGGACUUGACACCUAUUAAGGCGAUGUCAACAUCAUAUAUUCAAAACUACAUCACCUCCGAGAAUAUAAUAGAGAAAAAUAUCAGUCAUGCUGAUACUAGUGUAUUUGACGUUCCCACAACUCAGAUUAAUGUGGAUAAAUUACCCAACAAGACCGAUGAAAUGAUUAUUAAAACUAAUCCCAUGAUUAAUGCAGGUUUACAAAUCGAGGACGAAAACCAGUUGAAUAAUGAACGUGCUAGAUCUUUUGCGUGUGAAGGAAGUUCAUCGAAUACUCAUCUUGUUAAUGUUGCGGGUCCGAGUGAAAUUUCAUCUAAAUCAUUUUCUAAUCCGCAACCUCUAACUGAGAAUCGGUCAUCUACAAAAGGUAGCGGUCGAGGAAGACCGAAAAAGGCUGUUACUAAAAGUAAUAAUGAAGCCUCGACCGCGCCUAAGCCUGGCAGAGGAAGGCCAAGGAAAGUCAAACCAAGUGAAACAUUAGCUGGUACUGCUGAAGAAAUUACAACCGAGAUAAAACCUGCUGGAAAUGAAAGUUUUACGAACACGCAUGAAAGUUUACCCGAAGUUCAAGGUUCUUCAGUCAUCGUUGCAGAUGAAAACAUAACCAAAACCAAUCCUGGUAAAAAAAGGGGAAGGCCACCCAAAAUAACUCAGGUCGGAAACUCUGUUACCGGUCUUGCUGAUGGAUCCACAAGCAAACCUAUUAUUGUUCCUAAAAAGAGAGGCAGACCAAGAAAAGAAGCGGCUAACAACGGUGAAUUGAAUGCAAAUCCUAUGGAAUCUACGAUUCUUAUUAAAACUGGCAAACGUGGAAGACCAAGAAAGGUCCCCAAAGUUGAUUCUCAUUUAAGCAAAGACUCGAUCGUACCCACUAAACAUAAAGGUAGAGGAAGACCGAGAAAGGUUUAUAAACCUGGAGAAGCUAAGAACGAAUCUACUGGUGUUGUAAAAAAACGUGGAAGACCGAGAAAGGUGUUAGUAUCUGAAAACAGUGAGCCCAAAAUAUCUGAAAGUAAUGAACCUAAAGAUGUGCCCGAAAGUAUUGAGCAUAAGGAUACGUCUGAAAAUAUUAUGUCCAAAGAUGUAUCCGAAAAUAUUGAACCUAACGAGACAACUCAAAGUAUUGAUCCCAAAGAUGCACCCGAAAACAGCGGACUCAAUGACAAACCCGUUGAUGCUACUAUUGAUGUUAAAAUCAAAACCGGUAAACGAGGAAGGCCAAAGAAGACAUCUACAGUUGAAGGAAAUCAAGAAGGAUCUAUUAAAGAGCCCACCGUUCCUAAAAAACGUGGAAGACCUAAGAAGGAGAAAUCUGAAAAUAAUGAAACAAAACCAGAAAAAGUUAAAGGUAAACGAGGAAGGCCAAAAAAAAAACAGAAAGUCGAUGAACCUUCUGCUGGUUCCGAUGAACCAGGUGCUGCCUUGGAAUCUGUUGAGAGUCAACCAGCAAUCAGCAAUAUUCAAGUCAACGCCACCACCGUUUCUGUGGUUAAUGUCGAUGGGGUAAAUAUGACUACCGGUGAAAUUCCAACUGGUGGAACUGAUGAAAUUCCUGAAGAAUCGAUUGAUGAAUUGAUCGAUGAAUUAACAACAGCAACUAAUUGA